CCAAUGGGAGCUGAGAAGAAGUCAAGACUCGUGGGGAUAAAGUUUGGAGCGAGUUGGGGCGGCAGUGCCUGAGGAGCCGAAGUACAACUGUUUAUUGGAAACUGUGAGGAAUAACAGCCAAAGUCAAGAAAAAGCCGUAAGCGGUUGUUGCUGGAGGAAGCUAAACCCAAACGAAAACAAAAUUGGGGAGGGAGGGGAGUAGUUGGUGUGUACACCGAUCGAUAUACCCAGUCCCGGGACAGUCGCUAAGCGACCCACCUGACAACUUUUGUACUUGAAAAUGAGCGAAGCGCAGCUUCCUCCUGCUGAAGAAGCCCCGUCCGAGCCGGAGAAGCCGGUGGUGGCGACGGGCAGAGGACAGAUACCAGCGACCGAGAAAAAGGUUCUCGCAACACAGGUUCUGGGCACAGUUAAGUGGUUUAACGUGCGGAAUGGAUACGGCUUUAUUAACAGAAAUGACACCAAAGAGGACGUCUUUGUACACCAGACUGCCAUUAAAAAGAACAAUCCUCGGAAGUUCCUCCGGAGUGUUGGAGAUGGAGAGAUCGUGGAAUUUGAUGUUGUGGAGGGAGAGAAGGGUGCUGAAGCAGCAAAUGUCACUGGUCCUGGAGGUGUGGCAGUAAAAGGUAGUCGUUAUGCCCCCAAUCGUAGACGUUUCCGUCGAAGGUUCUUUAGACAGCCUCGUGCAGUAACACAGCAGGAGGAGGCUGGACAAGCUGGACAAGCUGUGCCUGCUCCUCAGCAAGGUGAAGUUACAGGUGAUGGAACUGCAGUGGAGCAAACACAGCCACGCAGGAGACCCCCUCCAUAUUUCUUUCGUCGACGAUUUAGACGCCCUCCACGUCCUCAAGGAACAGAACAGCCUGAGGCAACACAGCAGGCAAUGCAGCAAGGCACAGACUCCAGGCCAGAGGCUCAGACUGGAGACCAGACUCAGACCGAUGCAGGUCAGCAACCCAGUCGCCCUAGAUUCCGCAGGAGACGUCGGCGGCCACCUCAGCAGCAACCCCAGCAGCAGGGUGGAGAGGUAGCACCAGCUGAGAAAGUGGAUGGGCAAGUGGAUGCUGCACCUCAGCCUAGGCGCAGACCUUUUUUCAGGCGCCGUCCACGUCGUGCACCUCCAGCACAGAAUGGUGCAGAGGAUGCAGUGAGCAAUCAAGCUAGUUCCAGUAGCCCUGCUGCGGUUUCACAGGAUGCCCCGUCUGGAGUUGAAGAGGGCACUCCAGCCCAAUCAGAGCCUCCUGUAGAUGUACCUCAGUCAGAACCUGUCACAGAACCCACUCCUGCAGCAGAUGCUUCUACCUCUGAAAUUUGAAUGCAAUGGUGUGAGAAAAUAGGUAUGAAGCAUUCGUGAUUGUGGCCACGGAAGUGCACCGCCCCUGCCUGCACUGGGACCUGUAAUAUCGAUUUAUUAGGGGCUGAAAUGUAUGAAUGAAAUGACUAGUUACUGAAGAUUCACUUGAGCUGUGAAAGUAACUAUGGAGAAGAUGUACAAAUACAAAUGUCUGAAACUGUUGGUCAAAGAUCUGUGUUUGGGGCACUUUCCCACCAGUAGCAAUUCUGUGAGCAAGACACUGGUUUUCUGAAUGAAUUUUUUUGUUUUUGUUUGCACUACUCAGGUCAUCAUGUGCAUGAAAGGGGCGCCAAUAAAACAUUUGCAAAGA